CCGACAGUAGCUUGCUCACAGUUAGUCCGGUGACGCACCGGGUUCUCAGCCACGGCGCCGGGGGGGACUCACAGAAGCACCCAUGUGCGCCUGGUAAGAUUUUAAAGAGUGCCGACUGCAAGUGUUAUCAUGUUCGGACUUCCAGGCCAGCAAAAUACUCAAGCAUAAGGUGCGCCGGCAGAAGCUGUCAUGUGGAGGAAGACGCACGCCCAGAACCCCCGGCGACUAGCCCUCGCCGCCGUCGCCAAAGAGACACGAGCCGAGACGCCAGCUAUCGCCGCAGCGCUGCCGCACCUGGACCCGGCGAAAUCUGAGAAGCUCGAGUUGGAAACGCUGCCGCCGCUUGAUCCGGCAAAAUGCCCACGGUUCACGCUACCGGGCAGGUCGGCUGAUCUCAUCUUCGGCACAACAAUGAGGGUGUAUAAUCAGGACUCCUUCGACGCCGCCAUCUGCAUGCCUUCAUCCGUGCUCGGCUUCAAUGAUCCGCCAACCCCCCGAAGAGCCACCAAGAUUGUCGAGGCGGAUAUCCUCGAGCGCCUCCGGUCCCUGGCGGCCUCCCCCGAGAACUUGGAAUCUUCGACGGCUGCACGGGUGGCGGUGCUGAACAUGGCGUCGGAUCGGAACCCUGGAGGUGGAUGGCUCAGCGGCGCGUCGGCUCAGGAAGAAGCGUUGUGCUUCCGCAGCACGCUGGCAGCUUCUCUGCACCGCAACCUGUACCCCAUCCAGCGCCGGGCCGGCCUGUACACGCGGGAUGUCGUCAUUUUCCGUACUUCCAUGGCCAACGAGCACAAACUCCUGGUGCCCGAGACAACCCCGGCGGAGCUGCCAGUGGUUAGCGUGCUCAGCGUGGCUGGCAUCCGCCGACCGUCGGUGAAGCCAGCUGCGGAACAGACCAGCGACGAGACGGCGAAAGGUACAUCGAAGGUGGACGAGCAGGAGCCAGAAAAUACCAGCAGUUCGGAGCCGAGGCAUGGCAAGGGCAAGCCCUUCAAGGGACCCCUAGUGUUCGCGGAUCCCGCCGCCAGGGAGUUGACCAAGGACAAGAUGCGUCUGUGCCUGCGGAUGGCCGCAGCGCGAGGGCACACUAUGCUGGUUCUCGGGGCGCUUGGUUGUGGCGCAUUCCGGAACCCGCCGCGAGAGGUGGCCGCGUGCUGGGCCGAGGUGCUGGCCGAGACCGAGUUCGCUGGCGGCUGGUUCAAAGAGAUCUGGUUCGCCGUCUAUGACCGGAGGAACGAGGGCAAUUUCGAAAUCUUCCAGGAGGCUUUUGAUGGGAAGGUUGCUGGAGAGCUGAGACUUUGCUCGGUCGACAGUGAGGUUAGCGUUUGAUUAGGUAGGCAGACAGCUAAGACAA